UCCAUUCAAGGAUGAGAUGGAUGAAUGCAAACAUCUUCCAUCGACCCCAUCUGAUUAAAUGAAUGAUUUUUUUAAAGUAAAGAACAGGAAAUUCUGGGUAGAAUUGGAGGUGGACCUUUUGCAUAUCCACAUUCCACACCCACUUUUUAUUCUCUCUCUCUCUCUCUCUCUCUUCUUUGCUUUGACAGCCUGACCUUUUCUUCGAGCUUUCUUGUGCUUUACUACUAAUGCUAUCCCCACCAGAGUCUUUAGGCAAGACCAUCGAGUACCCAUUUGUGUGAAAAGAAGAGGAAGAAAAAGGUCGUCGCUGGACUGGACCUCAUUGUUGCUGCUUCUGUGGGUACGUCAUCAUUGUUCAUAGAAGGUAUUGCUCUUCACGGGUAAAGGCAUUUAACUUAAAGAUAUGGGUUCUGGGAACUGGUUCAAGUCUAUAAUCAACCUGAAGAGAGUGAAGAACAAUGGUUCGAAGCAGUCGAAGCCCGGAAAACAGGCAUCUUCAUCUCCUGGGAAGUCAAAUUCCUUCAAGUGGAAGACCCACUCAAAUAAAGAGUCUACAACUUUGGAAAAUGGUGCUACUGCUGGAAAAAGUUCUCUUGGCAUGUCCCUUGAGAAUAGAGCUGCACUACGAAUUCAAACAGCAUUCCGGGCAUAUAUGGCACGGAAAAUGUUACGACGUUUGAAAGGAAUCGUAAGAUUGCAGAUUCUGACACAAAACUUUUCGGUCAAAAAGCAAGCAACGACCACAUUGGGGUAUCUUCAUUCCUGGAGCAAAAUACAGUCUCAGGUUAGAGAGCGCCGUCUCUGUAUGGUGACAGAAGGGCGGAUAAAACAGAAGAAAUUGGAGAACCAGAUGAAACUUGAGGCUAAACUCCACGAUCUUGAGGUCGAUUGGUGCGGUGGCUCUGAAACCAUGGAAGAAAUUCUUGCAAGGAUACACCAGAGAGAAGAAGCAGCAGUUAAACGGGAACGAAGCAUGGCAUAUGCAUUUAACCAUCAGUGGAGGGCCGACUCUAAUACCAAUGGCUUGAAGAACUAUGAACUCGGAAAAGCAGGUUGGGGUUGGAGCUGGAUGGAGCGAUGGAUCGCUGCUCGCCCAUGGGAAAGCCGAGUACCCGUUCAGACCAUUAGCCCGAAGAAACCACUUAACAAGCAGGGAAGUAAUGUCGCUAAAAGCUUGAACCAGCAAACACCAAAGGCCGUAACUUCACCCAAACCUCCUCCGUCCUCCAAUGGAAAGGCAACUACAAAGGCAAGGAGAUUGUCUUAUCCAGCGGCUGGAAAACCUACCAGUCUGCUUUCAGAAAGUAAAUCUGAGGAAGCAAACAACAAGAAAGUAUCCACGGUUGCUUAGCACAGAUUUGAUGGCCGGUGUUCAUUUUCUUUUUCAUCAUUCGAGUUGCAGAGACGGCGAGAGAAAAGCCUUUAUUUUAUCAUUCAUUGUUGCUGAAAUUAUGUGUAUAGCUUUUGCUAAAAAAUUCUGUUGGUUUGAGGAUAAAACGGUUGCAUGAUACAUAAACUUGUCUGUUCACUUUUUCCUUCUGUAAUCCUGAAUGCUGUGAUUUAUAUUGUAUUUAUGCUGUAUAUAUUUAGUACCUUGAUUCCACUUGUCAGAACUGUGGUAUGUUGUUGUUUCUGGAGUUGACUUCUUGUAUAGCUCCUGCUCAUCCAUUGGCAGUGAGGGCUUUGUUGUUUGUAA